CCUCAUUGAACGCCUAGGCCAAUCCGACCCAGACUGAUUUACCUCAGAACCUGGUGUCAUAUCAAUCAUGACUGGGUCGACUCGGCCUGCCUACACUUUUGUGGUCGAGCACCUUGAUCCUGAACUUGGCCCCUGGUCCGCGCUCGAAUACAAGACCAUCGCUCAAGAAUCGAGGGCUGCCUCAUGUCGAUUCAUUCUUUCAUCGGUGCCUGAUUCUCUACUCAAGUCUCAGGAUCUUGAAGUACUUGUAGCCAAUGGUGCAGAAGGCAGAAAUGACUCGGUUGAAUCGUAUUUUGCCGACCGCAAAGACAGGAUUUGUCUAUUAGAUCCGGCAGCUAAGCAGGAAUUAAGCCCUGCUGAUGCAGACCAAUUUGAUGUAUUCUUGUUUGGCGGCAUUCUGGGAGACGAUCCCCCACGAGACCGAACAAGCGAGCUUCGGAAGAAAGGUUUUACUGGUCGGCGCCUAGGUCCCAAGCAGAUGACUACCGACACGGCCGUACGAGUCACACGUAUAGUCGUACUGGAGCAGACACCUUUGGAUAAGAUCCCUUAUGUUGAUUUUCCCGAGCUGAAGAUCAACGAGCACGAGACUACCGAGAUGCCAUUUCGCUAUGUCACUGACAGAAGUGGCAAGCCAAUCAUGCCACAGGGAAUGGUUGAUCUCAUCAAAGCUGAUGCGGACAAAGCAUUUGAUGGUCUUGAGUUCGCCGAUGAGGUCGAUGGCAUUAAAGCCUUGAAUGUUGAUCGGUCUUAGAGCGCCCUAUAAAAUCAGAAUCUUUGAACCAUCUAUACACGAUGUGCAAGUCCUAAGCGAUCUUGGGUGCUAGCCACGUUCCGAAGGCUGUCGCACUUGGGUGGUUUAUGGUGACCAAGACUAAUGUCUAUUGAUACUGGCUUGAAGUGAAUCGCUGGCCUAAUUCGGUUGGUAUAUAUUACACUCGAUCGAUACGCAUACCAGAUUUGUGUACCAGUUGUAGCGUGACAUAUACAGCGGAUCAUAGAUACCCAGAAGUCUACGUUGAAUCAUUUCUAUGUUCUGACGAAAUCUUG